GUGGGGAGAAGGGCCCCGCACCGCCACACAGCUGCUGGGAAUCCCAGAAAAUCCCAACAACCCGCAGGCCUCACCCACCAAGAGGGAUGCAAAAGGACAGGGGCUGGGCAGCAGGGCAGAGGCAGGGGCCGCCAAGUCCUGCUGCAAACCUCUGCCGGCUGUCAGAAGGGACCUCUGGGUCCUGUGCAGCCUCGGUGAGCGGCAAAAGGAUCCUAGUAGAAGAAGCCACGAGGAGACAGGUUCUACCCUAAGUAAGGAAGCUCUCCAACUCCCAGAAAACUGUCUUGAGAGGUGGAAAGUAGCCCAUCUCCAAGCGGAAGCAAGCUGAGGCCGGGAUCAACAGAAGGGAACAUUCAGGCUGUUCAGGCCACACAGUCUCUGUCAUUCUUAUCCAGCUUUUAUUUGUUUUUAGCCCUUGAAAAAUAUAGAAAGCAUUCUUAGCUAGCAGGCCAUAUAAAAACAAGCCGCCCCUCCCUUGCGAUGGAGGACACAACAUCAGAUGGAGUUCGGAAGUGAACGUCUUAUAAACUUCCUUCCAGCUGGAAAUUCUGAGUCUGUGAAGGAGUAAGAGCCCAGCAUUGAGAACCAUGAACUUGCUCUGUAACUCUGAACCACCUGCUGUCUCCUCUUAGGGCCUCUGCUUCCCCAUCCAUAAAACGGGUCUAAGAGAAGAGUGGGGGUAUUAUAGGCGUGUUGACUCACUUCUUUAUUCAGGAAACAGCCCCCAAAAGCCCUUUAUGUGCCGGGCACAGGAAGCAAAACAGUCACAGUCUCUGGCCUCACAGAACCUAGAAUCAGAGCAUGCUCAUAAUCCCAGGACUCAGAAGGCUGAGGCAGGAGGAUCACCAGGUUCAAGGCCAGUCUGGACUAUCCAGUGAGGUCCUGUCUCAAAAAAACAGAACCUGGGAGACAGACACAAGGGCACAAUCAUGACUAUAAUUACAAAGGAAAACAAGAGCUUCGGAAAAGGACAGAGGCUUGACCUGUCCUGGUUGCUCAAGACGCCUGGCUCCCCAACACGUGCAAAUGCUAACCAGGUGAGCGGGGAAAGGAGCGGCCCAGCGGGGAGAGCAGGAGCAGAAGCCCAGAGAAUGGCGAGAUCACAGAGGUUCCCAGGCAUGGCACAGACAGCCACAGGGCUGCAGCUGAGAGGGAGCAGGGGCCAGACCACAGGGCAGUGGAGGAUCUGGACCUCCGUCCCCCAAGCCAGCCACAGUUCCUCCGUCCCUUACACAUGUUGUCACAUUCUGUUCUUCCAGCAACUCUAAGGUGCGGCCUUCUUGUUACAGAUGAGAAGAGCACAGUGUAGACAGUCUCAGUGCCACAUGCCUGGGUCACAUAAUGAGUUGGGCACAGCUCCAGGACUAAACCUCAGCCAUCUGCUCAGGGACCAGGUGCUGGCCCAUCGCACCACGCCGCCUUCCGGAGCAAUGACGGGCACUGAAGUGCUCUGACCGAGAUGGGACCGCACGAUCAGAUUUGAGUUUCGAAAAGAUUGCUGUGGCUGCGGAGUUGUUAUCACUGCGAUCACUGCUUUCGCCAUCCUCGGAAAGGGCACGGGGGCGGGAAGCAGCCUCUCUCUGGUGGGGAGCUGGAGCCAGCUUGCCGGAACUGAGUGCCUGUCCCUCCCUGAGUCUCCAUUCAGCGAGGGCACGCUGGCAGCUGGAACUCAGGCGGGAUGGGAGUGUUUCUAGCUUGGGAAGUGGCGCCCACUGCAAAGCAGGACCUGUUUAUCUCCCUAGAGCCAAUCGAUAAUGAUCAACCAGCACACCGCUAUCUCUGUCCCACUCCCACAGCCUCCUGCCACGCUGACAUGCACCUUUCCCAGCCCAGCCCCAUGUCUGGAAGGAUGAGGCAGGCAGGCUUGGAGAACUGCAGUCACAUCAGCAUCUCUGCCCACAUCGUGCGCCUCGGGGACCCUGUCACGGCCUCCUGCACUGUCAGCCAGAGCUGCAGCCACCUGGACCCAGAGCCACGGAUCCUAUGGAGGCUGGGAACAGAGCUGCUGCAGCAGCAAGGCAGGCAGCAGAGACAGCCUGAUGGGUCCCAGAAAUCGACCGUCACCCUGCCGUACCUCAACAGCACGCACACCUUUCUCCUCUGCUACCUGAACUGGAGCAACAGCCUGCAACUUCUGAACCAAGCUGAGCUGUGGGCAGGCUACCCUCCAGCCACGCCCUCUAACCUGUCCUGCCUCAUGAACCUCACGAGCAACAGCCUUAUCUGCCAGUGGGAGCCAGGACCCGAAAGCCACCUGCCCACUAACUUCACCCUGAAAAGCUUCAAGAGCCGGGGCGACUGCCAGACCCAGGAGGACACCAUCAAGGACUGCGUGCCUGCAGCCGGGCAGAGCUACUGCUCCAUCCCACGCAAGCACCUGCUCUUGUACCAGAACAUGGUCAUCUGGGUGCAGGCAGAGAAUGCGCUGGGGACCAGCCUGUCCCCACAGCUGUGCCUUGACCCGAUGGAUGUUGUAAAACUGGAGCCCCCCACACUGUUGGCCCUGGACCCCAACCCUGAGGUGGCCCUACCCCAGCCAGACUGCCUGUGGUUGCGCUGGGAGCCAUGGAAGCCCAGCCUUUACAUGAACCAGAAGUGCGAGCUGCGCUACCGGCCCCAGCUGGGAGAAGCCAGCUGGGCACAGGUGGGCCCCCUGCCCUCCAGCACCGUCCAGUACGAGCUCUGCGGCCUCCGUCCAGCCACAGCCUAUGUCCUGCAGAUGCGCUGCAUCCGCUGGCCCCUGCCCGGCCCCUGGAGCAGCUGGAGCCCCAGCCUGGAGCUUCAAACCGCCCAAGGGGCCCCCAUCGUCAGACUGGACACGUGGUGGCGGCAGAGGCAGCUGGACCCUAAAACCACGGGUGUGCAGCUGUUCUGGAAGCCCACACCCCUGGAGGAAGCCAGCGGACAGAUACAAGGGUACCUGCUCUCCUGGAGCCCCGCGGGCCAUGCCGGGCCGGUCCUGCCCCUCUGCAACACCACAGAGCUGAGCUGCACCUUCCGCCUGCCUUUGGGGCCCGGGGAGGUGAGCCUUGUAGCCUACAACAGAGCCGGGACCUCUCAUCCCAGCCCAGUGGUCUUUCUGGAGAGCACAGGCCCAGCCCCGGCCAGGCUCCGGGCCAUGGCCAGAAACCCUCAGUGCCUCUGGGUGGGCUGGGAUCCUCCCAGCCCUGUCCCUCAGGGCUAUGUGAUUGAGUGGGACCUGAGUCCCCCCAGCCCCAGCAGCAGCAAUACAACUUGGAGACUGGAAUCCAACGGGAGCAUCACAGAAACUCUGCUGCAGGAGAACAUCAGGCCCUUUCAGCUCUACGAGAUCACUGUGACUCCCCUGUACCAGGGCACCAUGGGACACCCCAAGAACGUCUAUGUCUACUCCCAAGAAAUGGCCCCGCCCCGCAUGCCAGUGCUGCAUCUAAAGCACAUCGGCAAGACCUGGGCUCAGCUGGAGUGGGUGCCCGAGGCCUCUGAGCUGGGGAAGAUCCCCCUUACCCACUACACCGUCUUCUGCACCAACACGCAGGACCAAUCCUUCUCAACCGUCCUGAACGCCUCCUCCCACGACUUCGUUCUGCGUGACCUGAAGCCCUCCACCCUGUACCACGUCCACCUCAUGGCCACCAGCCAGGCCGGGGCCACCAACAGUACAAUCCUCACCCUGAUGACCUUGGCGCAAGGAGAGUCUGAGCUACACAUCUUCCUAGGCGCAUUUGGCAUCCUGCUUCUGCUCAUCCUCCUCUAUGGGCUUGCCUGGCUCUGCUGCAGCCCCAGCAGGAAGAACCCACUGUGGCCAAACGUGCCGGACCCGGCCCACAGCAGCCUGGGAUCCUGGGUGUCCACCACCAUGGCAGAGGAGACCUUCCAGCUGCCCAGCCUUCGGGACCCCAGCAUAACAUCCAUCACCAAGAUUACCAUGCUGGAGGAGGAGAAGAAACAGCCAGGGCCCUGGGAGUCCAGUGACAGCUCAGAGACCUGCGGCCUCCCCACCCUCGUCCAGGCCUAUGUGCUCCAGAGAGACCCAAGAGCAUCUUCCACCCAGUCACAGCCACAGCCUGGCACCAGUGACCAGGUCUUUUAUGGGCAGGUGCUGGGCAGCUCCACCACUCCAGGCCCAGGGCAUUACAUUCGCUGUGACUCUACUCAGCCCCUCUUGGAGGGCCUCACCCCCAGUCCUAAAUCCUAUGAGAAUCUUUGGUUCCAAACCAUUCCCCUGAGGAUGCCAGGGUCUCCAUCCCCAAACCAGGAGGAUGACUGUGUCUUUGGGCCACUGCUCGACUUCCCUCUCCUGCAAGGGCUUCGUGUCCAUGGAGUGGAGGGCCUCGGAGGCUUCUAGAUUUUCCUGAGUCUCCCUACCUGGGCCUGGACUAUCUAGAGGAGAGGAGGGGUCAGUAAGCCCAUCACUAAAUCUACCCAGGGCCGGGAAAGGCAAGAAGGUUCCCAGUCUCUCCUGAUUCCUGGUUUCCAGCACCUCUUUCCCUCACAAUCUCCGCAGACUGGGCCUCCCAGGCCACCUGCAAAAUUUAAGGGACUGGUAAUGCUCUGUCCAGCCCCACCUACUGGCCUUUUGUACUUGUUUCCUAUAAUAAUUUCCGUCUCAUAAACCAUUUGUUGUU